AGGAAGGGAGGGAGAGAGCAAGCGGCACGAGAGGAGGAGAGCGAGAAAAGAGAAGAGAAGACGAGAGAACGAGAGAGAGAGAGAGAGAGAAAGAGAGGGGGAGAAUGUAUGGUGAAAGGGUAGCGCUUCCUUGCUUUUUUCCAGGGCCUUAGUGAAUGAACCAUGGGAUGCAUCGGCUCCAGAACCCUCACAGAUGGACUCCCUGUGCAAAAGGAUGGAGAGCAGCAUGGCCAAACAGACUUUUCAUGGGAUGGAAUCAAUCUCUCCAUGGAAGACACAACGUCCAUCUUGCCUCGGCUGAAGAAGAGGCACUCCAAUGCGUACGGGAUCGGUGCUCUGGCUAAUGCGUCUCUAUCAGGGGUGUCCCGGUCCAUGAAGGACAAGGUGACGAAGCCGACGGCGAUGGCGCAGGGCCGCGUGGCGCACAUGAUCGAGUGGCAGAACUGGGGCAUGCAGACGGUGGGCGCGGGCGGCACGUAUGGCGUGCGCGCCUCCUCCCUGCACAUGCAGCAGGAGCGCAAGAUGGAGAACGACGCCUACAGCGACCUGAGCGACGGGGAGAAGGAGGCCCGCAUGACCGCAGGAGUCCUGCAGCAGUUUGCCAUCUCCGAGGCGACACUCCUGGCAUGGACGUCGAUGGAUGAAAGCAUGAAUGCAGGCUCCAAUCAGGGCAGCGUGGCCCACCUGAGCGAGACCAAUCAGGAGAGCAUCACCAGCAGAGAUCAGAUCCUCCACCACUCCUCUGCGGAAGUAUGGCCCCAUACGUACGUAUCACAAGGCCACUACUGCCUCUCUUCCUCGGACGCCUGGGAGCCAAUCAGCAACGAGCCCUCUGGCGUGGCCUCGCCCGCCGCUGGCUCGUACGUGAUGGCGGGCGGGACUUCCAGUGAGGGAGGCUAUGACGGCAACGCCGCCGCUACCCAUUUCCUGUCGCAGCAGCAGCAACAGCAGCAGCAGCAGCUUGCCCUGCAGCAUAGUCAACAGAUUUGCCAGCAGAUCCAGCAGCUGCAGCAGUUACAACACUACCAGCAACAACAGCUGCUACAGUAUCAGUCCCUAGAACAGAGGCUACACAGCGCCACUCACUCUUUGCAAGCCACGCCCAACAGCACCAUCCAUAGCUUGCAGCCGCCCACACACCACCCGCCACUGGUGGACUUGUGGGGGGCGGGUCAUAUGGAGGCCUAUCAGUCAGAGGUGGGAGGGUUUGUGGGUGUGGCGACCGCCUCAGAGGGCGGUCUAAACGUGCCGACUGCAGAGGAAGUAGUGAAAGAGCACUCACCUUUGCUGGAGACGCAAGAGGAGGAAGAGGUCAAGGAAGAGGAAGUAACGCUAUGCUUGGAGCCUGAGGCCGUCACUCUAAGCCCCUCCCCUGCCCACGGAACCCCGCCCACCGGAGGCAGCAGCCCAGGACAUGCUGUGCACGGCACCCCGCCCACCGGAGGUAGUAGCCCAGGACAGGCCACGGAGCGCAAAGCCUCCGAUGUCACCCCCUCCGUCAUUGAAAUGCUGGAGGAGAAACAGGAAGAGAUGGAGGGGUCAUCAACCACGCCCAUAACCACCAACUGACUGACAGGUGUGAAUGGAGGACUUUUAGAGGGAUGUAUCCAAGUUACCGAUCACCUAACCCUUUGAUUUUCAGGUAUAACACACUUCUUGGUUUUGGAAACGGAAACAUUGGCAUAAUGGACUUAAAAAGUGACAGGUUGAUGGAGCUAAUACGAAAAUAUAUAUAUAUAAAUUGUCUUUUUAAUCGUAAUUUUCUUUUUUCUUUGUUUUUUCUUUUUUUUUGUGGAAGUCUUAUAUCCCUAAAUAACACCAUGGGGCUGAAGGGAAGAGUCAACUAGAGGAGAGAACAAAAGAGAAAGAGACAGAGAGAGAGAGAGAGAGAGAGAGAGAGAGAGAGAGAAAUAGAGAAAGUUAUAAAAUGACUGCGGUCUUGCAUGCUUUUAAUGGGGAAGUGACUGUACUCUCUCACGUCUUAUGAAAUAUUAACAGUAUCUAGUAAUAAGAUAUGUCAAAAACAAUAAUAAUUUUCUACUAAAGUGAAAAACUACAAAAACAUAUAUAUAAAUAUAUACAACUGUAAGAUACAU